AUGUUCGAUGAGGCCGAGCCGGGAAAACCGAAAAAUUGGGGAUGGACCAUCGGCAUUAUUAUUACUGUAAGUUUUUUCGAGAAUAACUUCAAACUGCAAAAAAUUAUUUUCAAAUCAUUUUUUUAAAUAAUUUUUAAAUAUUCAAAUUUUUAAAAUCUUCAAACGUAAUUUGCAUUAAAAUUAGCCCUUUUCAGAUAUGUCUAAUCAAUCUCUGUAUAUUCAUAGUCCUCCGCUUGUUCCUCGACGCUGUAGAUGAAUAUGGCGAGCCUUUACUACAAGGUAAUUUCCCCAAUUUUUCUUAAUUUUCAUGCUGUCAAGCCCUCAACUAAUUUUUGUAAAUAUUUUUAGGUGACACAAGACGGGAUUUGGAGGCAUUUCUGGGUGUUUUCGCAUUGUCCUUCUGCUUCGGCUGUUGGUGUUGUUUCUGCUGUGCGGGCAACUGUUUGGAGUGUAUAAUUUUCUGUUUCAAAUCAGAGAAUCGACCGACAAUGACGCAGUGGUGGUCGAGAAUGAUCAGGCAUAAGACGGACAUCAUGGAGAAGACAAAACGUAGAGAUAUUUUACAUUAUAUGAAAACAAAUCCUUCGAAAUCCAUUAUUUUAAAUCAAAAAUUUCAGGAAGAAAAGAUACGGUAACCAGUGAUAUUCGAAAGAUGAGUAGACGAUUGAAAACAGCCUAUACUAAUGAAAACUUUUGUGAAAGCGAUGCGGAAGCUCAAGUUCAACAGACAGCAGCAGUGGGAGCGAAGAGAUCGGUAAGUAAAGCGAAUUUUUAAAGGCAUGAUUUUAGCUUUUAUCAGACUAUUCAUUUUUCAAACGGAAAACCAUCAAUUUUUUGAACUUUUAGACACUAAAAAUCCUAACGAUUACAUCAAGGGAAAAGUUCAAAAUCUCGCCAAUGUCUUGUAAAUUCAAAUCUCAGUUUUUGUGGAGCUUUUAGCGAGGCACGUUGAGAUUACACUAUCGAGUACAAUAUACAGUGGGAGACCUGAUCCAGUGGCAAAAAACGUACCAUUUUGCAUCCGGGAUGUAUCAAAAAUGUGGCAAAAUGCUUCCCUUUCCAAGUUAAAAAAACUCCGAUUUCAAAAGCACGGUCACACAAAGGUCGCUCUUUGUGUGAGGGAAAGGGCGCGCUCUUCAAAACGAAGCUUUUUCACUUGGAGAGGGAAGCAUUUUGCCACAUUUUUGAUACUUAGCGGAUGCAAAAUCGUACGUCUUUUGCCACAGGAUCAGGUCCCUCACUGUAAUCAAUCCCAUUUCCUCAUAUAUCCAAAAAUGAUUCUGUAGCCCAACAAUCACUCUAGACCACACAAGACUGUCUCCAUUUUAUUUCAGAUACCCCCAACCCGUCCCAAAGUUAUCUUCAAUGUCGGUCCAACCGAAAGCCGGCCAGAAAUGCGUGCCAUCGAAUCGGGCCGGCGUUCCAGUCAAUGGAUGGAGAUGAAAAGACCUUCCCUGAUCCCUGGUCAAAGCCCGCACACCUCGGUUGGAGUGAAAAAUGUGGACUAUUACGAGAUUCCGGUGUCUUUGGUGACCCCGGAACCAAUCGCAAUAAUCGAUCCCAAAUUUGUCGACCGACAAACUCAACUGGAUCCUCCGGCGAAAGAAAAAAGUCCACAAAAAAUGGUGGUGUUCACCGAUCAAGAUUAUUAUGCGGAUGCACCGAGUACGAGUACAGACAGUGCACAGAAACAAGGAGGUACGUCAUCAACCUCCGUCUGA